UUCUAUCUCCCCCCUUCCUCGUCACCACGCCGCGCGCGCCGCACACGUACGUACACACCCAACUCCUCUCUUCUCCUCUCAGCCAGGCAGACGCGGUCCCCGCAUUGCAUUGACAUGGUCUCGUCUUGCCUCGCCUCGCCGGCCACCGCGCGCGGCGGCUCUGCUCUACGCCUACAGCUCCAGCCGAGGGGGUGCCGCGUCACGUGCUUGGCCGACGCGGGGGGAGCCGGGAGUGGCGGCCGCGUCAAGGCCGUGGGAGGGUUCGCGUGCGGCUUGCUCGCAGCCUGGGCCGUCGCGUCAGCCCCCAGCCCGGUCUUCGCCGCCGGCCAGAGGUUGCCUCCACUAUCAACAGAUCCAAAGAGGUGCGAGGCUGCAUUUGUUGGGAACACAAUUGGUCAGGCAAAUGGGGUGUAUGACAAGGUGCUUGAUCUCCGGUUCUGUGAUUUCACAAAUGAUAAAAGUAAUCUUAAAGGCAAGACUCUGUCUGCGGCUUUGAUGUCAGGCGCAAAGUUUGAUGGUGCUGACUUGACAGAAGUUGUCAUGUCCAAGGCCUAUGCUGUUGGUGCAAGUUUCAAAGGCACGAACUUCACAAACGCAGUGAUAGACCGUGCCAAUUUCGGAAAAGCCGACCUGGAAGGUGCAAUUUUCAAGAACACUGUCUUGUCGGGAUCAACCUUUGAUGAGGCUAAUAUGAAGGAUGUGGAUUUCGAGGACACACUCAUUGGCUACAUUGACCUUCAGAAGCUUUGCAGAAACACCAGCAUCAACGAAGGCACAAGAUUGGAGCUGGGAUGCAGGUGAUUCAAUCACAGCUGCUGCACUUAUGGUAGCAUCGACGUCCAUCGUCCGGUAAAGAUUAGUAAGUCAGGUCUGUUAUAGAGCACGAGCAGGAUGACAACCCCACCCCCACCCCCCUCUCCGAACAUAUGUAUACCGUAAAUAUCAUACCACAGCUGCACUUGAUCUGUGCAAACACAACUUACAGCAAUGGAAGAACCUUAUGCAUUA